ACAGACGGCUCAGUAGUAAUUUGAUGUGUCUCCCCGGGGACAUUUGAUGGAUUAAAGCUAAGCAGCUCCAUUUCGAGGCACCACCUGAUCUCCGCGCCCGUGGCCCAUAUAAAGGCGAGCGUGAUUGCUGAUCUCAGCUAGUCUGACGGUCUCUCUCCCCCUCUCUCUCUCUCUCUCUCUCUCUCUGUCUCUCUCUCUCUCUCUCUUCCUCCCCGUCGCGUUUGCCCUCUGCAUCACAGGAGCUAUCCAGUGCUGAACGAGAUAUUUCCGAAGACAGUAGAAGCGACACGACAUAGCCUUGCUCCCAUCUUUUUCUUUUCUUUUUUUUUUUGUGGUUGCCUCCUUUUUUCCCCCUGUUUUUUUUUUGGGGGGGGGGCCAAUGUGAAAGUUGCGCGAGGAUUACCGUCAACCUGCUUUCGCUCAGCUGAUUUUUAAGAACAUUUUUUGUUUUUUGUUUUUUUUUUUCUUUUUUUUCCCCCCCCGAGUGUGUCGGUGUGUCUUGCGUUUUUGGUCUUUCAUGCGUCUUUCUGGGGCUUGCCUUCCGAUCCACUGAAACAUGCCGCGCUCUUUUUUGGUGAAGAAGAUCAAGCUCGAUGAUUUCUCAUCGUCCGCCGUAGCUGCAUCCAACCCCUACCACCACCACCACCAUCACCACCAUCACCACCACCACCACCACCUGGACGACUCGUACACUUUUGCACGCUCCAUCACAGACUCGGUGACCAGUUUGGAGGUCCGGCUCAGUGAAAAUGGUUACAUCGAGGACUACAUCACACCGUCUGUGUACCAGGGCGAGAAGAAGAUGGAGCUCAAGCUGGCCUCGGCCGUGUCGGAGCCGCUGUACACUCAGGUGAGCGGCGGGGGGGAGGAGUACUGCGAUCACGACAUGGAGCACCCAGAUAGCCCCCAGUCGGGGGUUACGGGGAGUGGCUUCCUGAGCGGCGAGGCCGAGGCCCUCAGGGAGGGCUACACCAUGGACGCCUUCUUCAUCUCGGACGGCCGCUCGCGGAGGAAGGCAGACGGCGAGGCCCGCGGAGGGGGCGGACGGGGCAGCGCGGAAGCCAAGGAGUCCGGCACGGGGAGCGGGGCCAACCCGAGGCACACCUGCAACGAGUGCGGCAAGACGUACGCCACGUCGUCCAACCUGAGCCGGCACAAGCAGACGCACCGCAGCUUGGACAGCAAGAUGGCCCGCAAGUGCCCCACCUGCGGCAAGGUGUACGUGUCCAUGCCGGCGCUGGCCAUGCACAUCCUCACGCACGACCUCAAGCACAAGUGCGGCGUGUGCAGCAAGGCGUUCAGCCGGCCGUGGCUCCUGCAGGGCCACAUGCGCUCGCACACGGGCGAGAAGCCGUUCGCCUGCGCCCACUGCGGCAAGGCCUUCGCCGACCGCUCCAACCUGCGUGCCCACAUGCAGACGCACUCGGCCUUCAAGCACUACCGCUGCAAGCGCUGCAAUAAGACCUUCGCCCUCAAGUCCUACCUGAACAAGCACUACGAGUCGGCUUGCUUCAAGGGCUCCGCGGACGAAGACGACUCCGGGUCCGAGAACUAGCGGCGGCCCGUUUUUUUCCUCCCCUCUGUCUUUCUCUCUUCCGCUCCUGCUCCUCGCCCACCCCCACGCCUUUUAUCCCACCCCCC